AUGGAACUUGAAUCAAGUCAGCAACUACUUUUAAAUCAACUUACUGAGUUCGUUUAUGAUAAUUUAUUAUUACCAAUUGAAGAUUCAAAUUAUCAACGCGAAAAAAGUUGGUUAAAUGAAGAAUGUUUGAAAAGAUAUUUAAGAGCAUCUAAAUGGAAUUUGAAUGAUGCUAAAAAUAGAAUAAAGUAUAGCAUAGAUUGGAGAAGAGAAUAUAAACCAAGUGAUAUUGAUCCAAAAGAAGUUGAGCCAGAGGCAAUUACUGGUAAAAUUCAUAUAAAUGGGUUUGAUUUGAAUGGAAGACCACUUGUAUAUUUAAGACCAGGAUUAGAAAACACCAAGCCAGGCCCCAGACAAGUUCGAAAUGUAGUGUUUAUUUUUGAGGCAGCAAUUAAAUUAAUGCCUAAAAAUAUAGAGAAUAUAGUGUUAUUAGUUGAUUUUGAUAAAUGUUCAGCACGUACAAGCCCUGGUUUAGGUGCAGCAAAAGAAUUUAUGCAUGUGCUAAGUUCACAUUAUGUUGAAAGAUUAGCAAUGGCGUUAGUUAUAAAUGCCCCUUGGUAUUUUUGGAGUUUUUUUAAACUUAUUUCUCCAUUUAUUGAUCCAGUUACCAAGAGUAAGAUAAAGUUUGUUGAUCUUAACAAUAGUUGUAAUGAUAAAUCAAAUUCUGGAUGGGUGAAUUUGACUGAUUUGAUUCCAAAAGAACAAUUAGAAACUGAAUAUGGUGGAACUAAUUCAUUUGAAUAUCAUCAUGAAACUUAUUGGA